UUCACAAUAGUGGAGCGGUGCAGUGGAGGAUCCCCACCCGUGAGCAUGGCGGUGUGCUAGUGUAUAAAUGAAGACCGGAGAGAGCAGACCGAGACGGAAAACACUAGCAUGCGCCUCGAUUGCUUCACAUAAUCAGAUUUUAACGCACCGAUGCCAGAGGCAGUCCGCUGGGUUUCUCCAUGCAGUCUUCGUUUACUUCUAUAGGAUGGUGAGCUGAGCAGAUAAAAAGCAGAUUGGCGGUUGCAUCUAUCCAGUCGUUCGUUCCCCGGUGUGAGUUAUAUGCGCGCGCGGGCCGCCGGUGCUCCGUGAUCAUGAAGCGCUGCUGCUGCGGGAAGCGAGGCGUGUUUAUGUCCGCGGACAGACCCGUUUAAACGCCCUAGUCAUGAAUGCCAUUGUCAUGUCGAGUGCCGUGUGAGUUUAUUUUGAUUCUGUGAGCCGUUCAGACCGGAGAGAUGCGUGAGUAUAAAGUGGUGGUCCUCGGGAGCGGCGGGGUCGGUAAAUCCGCCCUCACCGUGCAGUUCGUCACCGGGACGUUUAUUGAGAAGUACGACCCGACCAUCGAGGAUUUCUACCGUAAGGAGAUCGAGGUGGACUCGUCGCCGUCGGUGCUGGAGAUCCUGGACACGGCGGGCACGGAGCAGUUCGCGUCCAUGCGGGACCUGUACAUCAAAAACGGGCAGGGCUUCAUCCUGGUCUACAGUCUGGUGAACCAGCAGAGCUUCCAGGACAUCAAGCCCAUGAGAGACCAGAUCAUCCGAGUCAAGAGGUAUGAGAAGGUCCCGGUGAUCCUGGUGGGGAAUAAGGUGGAUCUGGAGGGCGAGCGGGAGGUGUCUGUGAGGGAGGGACAGGCUCUGGCCGAGGAGUGGGGAUGUCCAUUCAUCGAGACGUCUGCCAAGAGCAAGACCAUGGUGGACGAACUCUUUGCCGAGAUCGUACGGCAGAUGGACUACGCGGCACAACCGGAUAAAGAUGAUCCGUGCUGCUCCUCCUGCAAUAUACAAUAACCCCCAACACACACGGAGAACUCCCAUUACACUAGCUCUGAGAGAACUUCUAGUGUCUUCAGUUUGCCAUCAUGCUGUGUCUGCAGACUGACAGUAACUCUGAGGAUUACUUUUUCUUGCCACUUUAAAUCCUGACUGACUCAACCACAGGAAGAGCACUUGCCUUCGGUUUCACGCUUCCUGUUUGAGCAGGAUCCUUCAUUGGGAAUGAGUUGGACUUUUAUGUUUUAUGGUAUUGAUGACUUUAUCUGAAUUUGUCACCAGGUCAGAGAGAGACAAAAUAAGAGGGUUCUUAGCCAUAUGCUUGAUAUAGCCAUAUAAUCAUUUAAUGAAGACUUUAUAAAUGUCCAUUUACUUGGGAAUAAAUCCCUCGAAAUCUUCAUUUUCUCAUAGAUUUUUCUU